AUGAGGCAAGAUGCGGGCAAGGAGGAGAGAAAGGGACGAGGCAAGAUGCGGGCAAGGAGGAGAGAAAGGGACGAGGCAAGAUGUAGGAGAGGAGGAGAUAAGGGGACGAGGCAAGAUGCAGGCAAGGAGGAGAUAUGGGGACGAGGCAGGAUGUGGGCAAGGAGGAGAGAAGGGGACAAGGCGAGAGUUGGGGAAAGGAGGCGGGGAAAGGAGGCGGGAGGCGGGGAAAGGAGGCGGGAGGCGGGGAAAGGAUGCGGGAGGUGGGGCAAGGAGGCGGGAGGCGGGGCAGGGAGCGGCGAGUGGCGGGGCAGGGAGGGGCGAGUGGCGGGGCAGGGAGGGGCGAAUGGCGGAGCAGGGAGGGGAGAGUGUCGGGGCAAGGGGAAGGGACGAGAGGCGGGCAAGGGGACGGGACGAGAGGCGGGCAAGGGGACGGGACGAGAGGCGGGCCGAGGGGACGGUACGAGAGGCGGGGCGAGGGGACGAGACGAGAGGCGGGGCGAGGGGACGGGACGAGAGGCGGGGCGAGGGGACGGGACGAGAGGCGGGGCGAGGGGACGGGACGAGAGGCGGGGCGAGGGGACGGGACGAGAGGCGGGGCGAGGGGACGGGACGAGAGGCGGGGCGAGGGGACGGGACGAGAGGCGGGGCGAGGGGACGGGACGAGAGGCGGGGCGAGGGGACGGGGCGAGAGGCGGGGCGAGGGGACGGGACGAGAGGCGGGGCGAGGGGACGGGACGAGAGGCGGGGCGAGGGGACGGGACGAGAGGCGGGGCGAGGGGACGGGACGAGAGGCGGGGCGAGGGGACGGGACGAGAGGCGGGGCGAGGGGACGGGACGAGAGGCGGGGCGAGGGGACGGGACGAGAGGCGGGGCGAGGGGGCGACAAGGGGACGAGGCGAGAGGCGUGGCAAGGGGGCGACAAGGGGACGAGGCGAGAGGCGUGGCAAGGGGGCGAGAGGCGGGGCAAGGGGGCGACAGGCGGGGCAAGGGGGCGAGAGGCGGGGCAAGGGGGAAGCGAGGGGGCGGGGCAAGGGGGCGGGGCGAGAGGCGGGGCAAGGGGGCGGGGCGAGAGGCGGGGCAAGGGGGCGGGGCGAGAGGACGACGAGGGGACGGGGUGAGAGGCGGGGCAAGGGGGUGACGAGGGGACGGGGCGAGAGGCGGGGCAAGGGGACGGGCCGAGAGGCGGGGCCAGGGGGCGACGAGGGGACGGGGCGAGAGGAGGGGCAAGGGGGCGACGAGGGGACGGGGCGAGAGGCGGGGCAAGGGGGCGACAAGGGGACGAGGCGAGAGGCGUGGCAAGGGGGCGAGAGGCGGGGCAAGGGGGCGACAGGCGGGGCAAGGGGGCGAGAGGCGGGGCAAGGGGGCGAAGCGAGGGGGCGGGGCAAGGGGGCGGGGCGAGAGGCGGGGCAAGGGGGCGGGGCGAGAGGCGGGGCAAGGGGGCGGGGCGAGAGGACGACGAGGGGACGGGGUGAGAGGCGGGGCAAGGGGGUGACGAGGGGACGGGGCGAGAGGCGGGGCAAGGGGACGGGCCGAGAGGCGGGGCCAGGGGGCGACGAGGGGACGGGGCAAGAGGAGGGGCAAGGGGGCGACGAGGGGACGGGGCGAGAGGCGGGGCAAGGUGGCGACAAGGGGACGGGGCGAGAGGCGGGGCAAGGUGGCGACAAGGGGACGGGGCGAGAGGCGGGGCAAGGGGGUGACAAGGGGACGGGGCGAGAGGCGGGGCAAGGGGGCGACAAGGGGACGGGGCGAGAGGCGGGGCAGGGAGGAGACAAGGGGGCAGGGAGGGGACAAGGGGGCAGGGAGGGGACAAGGGGGCAAGGAGGCGACAAGGGGGCAAGGAGGCGACAAGGGGGCAACAAGGGGGCAAGGAGGCGACAAGGUGGCAAGGGGGGGGCAAGGGGGCGACGAGGGGGCAAGGGGGCGACGAGGGGGCAAGGUGGCAAGGGGGGGCAAGGGGGGCGACGAGGGGGCAAGGUGGCAAGGGGGGGCAAGGGGGCGACGAGGGGGCAAGGGGGCGACGAGGGGGCAAGGGGGCGACGAGGGGGCAAGGGGGCGACGAGGGGGCAAGGGGGCGACGAGGGGGCAAGGGGGCGACGAGGGGGCAAGGGGGCGACGAGGGGGCAAGGGGGCGACGAGGGGGCAAGGGGGCGACGAGGGGGCAAGGGGGCGACGAGGAGGCAAGGGGGCGACGAGGAGGCAAGGGGGCGACGAGGAGGCAAGGGGGCGACGAGGAGGCAAGGGGGCGACGAGGAGGCAAGGGGGCGACGAGGAGGCGGCAAGUGGGCAAGUCGGCGACAAGGUGGCAAGGAGGCGACAAGGGGGCAAGGAGGCGACAAGGGGGCAAGGAGGCGACAAGGGGGCAAGGAGGCGACAAGUGGGCAAGGAGGCGACAAGUGGGCAAGGAGGCGACAAGUGGGCAAGGAGGCGACAAGUGGGCAAGGAGGCGACAAGUGGGCAAGUAGGCGACAAGUGGGCAAGUAG